CGUCACUGUUACGUUCAGGGUAAAACCCGGAAGAAGAAACCAGUACGUGGCCUUUUAUCUGGAGCGGUAGCUGCGAGGAUCUCUUCGUUACAAAAUGGAACUGGAGGCUAUGAGCAGAUACACCAGCCCGGUGAACCCCGCGGUGUUCCCCCACCUCACCGUGGUGCUGCUGGCCAUAGGGAUGUUCUUCACCGCCUGGUUCUUCGUUUAUGAAGUAACAUCAACAAAGUACACCAGGGAUGUUUAUAAGGAGCUGCUGAUCUCCCUGGUAGCUUCGCUUUUCAUGGGCUUCGGUGUUCUGUUCUUACUGCUCUGGGUCGGCAUCUAUGUAUGAAGGAGGCUGAAUUCCAUGAUUAUUCCACAUUCCAGCGGGACGAAGGACAUCCUGAACACGCGAAGCUUCAUUUUCAUUUCUCGGCACUGAAGACGUUUUUGAAUCACAGGGACUCUGGAUGUCAUUCCCAGGAGACGGGAUCCGUCCGUCUUUCUGCCUGAUCGAUGAUUGUUUAGCAUCUCUAAAUAUUCAUACCCGUAAACUUUUCAGAAUUUUGUCACAUUAAACCACAGAUUUCAGCUCAUUUGAUGCAGUUUCAUGCAAUAAAGAACGAAGACGAA